AAGCACUUGUUUUCUGGGUCUUUACUAGGCUCUGUUCUUGAGUUUUUUUUUUAAAAGUCAUUUGCAGCACUUAAUUGUGCUUUGCUUCUUCCUAAUUGGAUCUCUAUGUAAUUAAGUUUUCGUUAAUUGCUAUUAUUAGUGUUUUGUCGUGAUCACUCAAGAGUUACUUCUCAAGAAAUGGCUACGGCUACGUCUCACCAAUCAAUCGUUUCAUUUGCUUCACACCGAUCAUUUUCUUCUUCUUCUUCCACGAUCUCUCAAUGUUUGUUGCGUGAGCCUUUCUUGAAUCUGCCAAUCUCUAAAGGGUUCAAGAUCGAUUCUUCACUGAGUUGUAAUAUUACCUCAAAAAGGAGAAACUUUUGCAAAGUUGAAGCAAUGGCGUCUCAGACUGAGACAUCUGUUUCUUAUGACAACACUCUCUUGUCUCCUUCCAAGAACAUACCUGACAUUUCCCAGAAAAAAACAAAUGAAGCAGCUUUGAUAUUGAUAAGGCAUGGAGAAUCUUUGUGGAAUGAGAAGAAUCUUUUCACGGGUUGUGUUGAUGUGCCAUUGACGGAGAAAGGUGUUGAAGAGGCCAUUGAAGCAGGGAAGAGGAUUAGUAACAUACCUGUUGAUGUUAUCUUUACAUCUUCUCUUAUCCGUGCUCAGAUGACUGCUAUGCUUGCUAUGAUUCAGCACCGACGCAAGAAGGUUCCGAUCAUCUUGCACGAUGAAAGCGAACAGGCCAAAACUUGGAGUCAAGUUUUCAGUGAUGAAACUAAAAGCCAAUCCAUUCCUGUCAUACCCACCUGGCAGCUCAAUGAAAGAAUGUAUGGAGAAUUGCAAGGUCUUAACAAGCAAGAAACUGCAGAAAGAUACGGGAAGCAGCAAGUUCACGAAUGGCGUAGGAGUUAUGAUAUCCCUCCUCCCAAGGGCGAGAGCUUGGAGAUGUGUGCUGAGAGAGCAGUAGCUUAUUUUCAGGACAAUAUUGAACCGAAGCUUGCAGCUGGAAAGAACGUAAUGAUAGCUGCUCAUGGGAACUCUCUGCGGUCUAUCAUAAUGUAUCUUGACAAGUUGACUUGCCAAGAGGUAAUAAGUCUAGAGCUAUCAACCGGUAUACCUCUUCUCUACAUAUUCAAAGAAGGCAAAUUCAUGAAACGGGGAAGCCCUGUUGGUCCAACAGAAGCUGGUGUCUAUGCUUAUACCAAGAGAUUGGCUCAAUACAGACAGAAGCUAGAGGAGGACAGUGAAGUAUUAUGUUCCUGAAGUAAACAAGAAAGAUUGGUUCUCCCACUCUCCCUCAAGCUUAGGACCUUAGAAGCGUUUACAAAGCAUAUAUAACUUCUGAUUUUGUUCUCUGUGUCUGGUUCUUUUUUAUUUACAUGUGCCAUAUCCACUGUUACCUGAAGGGAUAAUGUUCAAAAUCAACACCGCUUCCUUCUUUCAA